CCAAUAGGCAGGAACCUUACUCCACAGCACGGGUUGUUUCCGGAUGGGAUUCUCCGAUGCCACGCAGUUACUUUGUUUGUGUGCCUGUGUUAUGUCGCCGACUGGAAACGCAUUCAUGAUUCAGGUUUGGUUUGACACGCCACAACCAAUACCUUUGGUUAUCACUGUGAAGUAUUUGUAGUUGGUAAAAUGUCAGAGGCUUUGUUGAAGUGGUGUGUGGACCAGCUACACCACCAGUUUGGGUUGGAGGCAUGUGAAGACAUCGUCCAAUACAUUCUAUCCAUCGGAAAUGCUGACGAGAUUGAGGAGUAUGUGGGAGACCUCCUACAGGGCACAGAUGGGAGAAAAGGGCAGUUUAUAAAUGAGUUCCUCAGCAAAUGGAAGAAGACUCAAAGACAGACCACAGAUAGCUCAAGUCUUAUCCUUCACAAGGAAUCUUUUUCUUCACCAGAUUCACAAGACAUGUCCAAAGAUACCCAGAAAAAGUCUAAACGCAAAGGCCGUAACAAACAGGAGGUGAUGACUGUCAGCCAAACAGAACCUGAGCCAGAGGCUGUCAAAACACCCAUUGAUCUGAUGAGGGCCCACGAAAACAGUAGUACUUCUUCAACGAAGAAGAAAAGUAAGUUUGUCAAUCUCUAUGCUAAAGAGGGACAAGACAAGCUGUCUAUCUUACUCCCAGGGCGACAUGCCUGUGAGUGCCUUGCCCAAAAGCACAGACUUAUCAACAACUGCAUCAGCUGUGGUCGUAUCGCGUGUGAGCAAGAGGGCUCAGGACCCUGUCUCUUCUGUGGAAGUCUGGUCUGCACAAGAGAGGAGCAGGAGAUCCUGCAACGAGACUCCAACAAAAGCCAGAAACUCAGAAAGAAGCUUAUGGGAGACAGUGGAGAAAGAGAGUAUCUCCCUCACCAAGAGGCACAGAUGAAGGCUGGCUUGGAGAAGGCUGUCCAGCACAAAGACAAACUGCUGGAAUAUGACAAGAAUAGUGUCAGGAGAACGCAGGUUCUGGAUGAUGAGUCGGAUUACUUUGCCACUGAAUCCAAUCAGUGGUUGUCACCCAAUGAGCGAGAAAAGCUGAGGAAAAAGGAAGAGGAGCUGAGGGAACUUCGCCAUGCCUCUCGCAAGGACCGAAAGAUCACGUUGGACUUUGCUGGCAGACAAGUGGUUGAUGAGGGAAACAACCUUAAUGAGUACUACAACAAGUUGGAUGAGACCCUCGUGGCAAUGAACACCGACUCUACGUCAAAAUCGCCAAUGUCCUCUAAAAGACAAGGUGGAAGGCAGACCCUUGGAGAGCUGGUCAACCCUAACAUAAUGCAGUCUGCACCAGAGUGGGUGGAUGUUGGAGGCAGUGGAAGCUACAAGAGAAAUCUAAAGCAGGGAAAGAGCUCGGCAGAGGACAAGGGAGGAGAAGAACGUUACAAGUUGCGGCUCCAAGACAAAAACCUUCAGGAGAUGUCUGACGGGGGCUGGUGCCUUAGCAUGCACCAGCCGUGGGCCUCACUUCUGGUCAAAGGCAUCAAGAGGGUUGAGGGGCGAACUUGGUACACAUCCCAUCGGGGUCGUCUUUGGAUUGCUGCUGCAGCCAAGAAGCCGACUCCUCAGGAAAUUGCUGAGGUUGAAGCCAUCUACCGCCAUAUCUACAAGAAAGAGCCCAGGUUUCCCAAAGACUACCCCACUGGCUGUCUGUUGGGCUGCAUCAACGUGACCGACUGUCUGUCUCAGGAGCAGUUCAGAGAACAGUUCCCUGAUACCUGUGAGGAGUCUGCUUCCCCAUUCGUCUUCAUCUGCACCAACCCCCAGGAGCUGCUGGUGAAAUUCCCCAUGAAAGGGAAGCACAAGAUCUGGAAGCUUGAGACUCAGUACCACCAGGGUGCCAAGAAGGGGCUGGUCCCAUCAGCUGCAGACUGAUGUCAGAGGAGAAGCUGAGGAGGAAAAACAGUCUUGCCUCAUGGGAACAAGGCAAAUUAUGUUUUCCAAAAAAUGGCUUAUUCUACACUGGGUUCUACACCUGACAUUUUAUCACGACUUAUCAAAGCUGACAGCAGCUCUGUCCGUGUGGUUGAUUAGUGGCAUUUGGAUUCAAUAUACGGGAAAUUGCUUGCAGUACACAAUGUUUUUGUUACACAAAUUUCUACAUUCUGCUUUGUCUCUAUUUUGAUUGUGUGCAGAAAUAAAAACUUGAAUGAUGUGCUUCUACUAUUCCAAUUAAUUUGAUUUGAAAUAAAAAAUUCUUUCUUUUCUUAAAUUUGGAUGGCAUCUUUUAGAAAAUGGUCUGCCUUCAUGUACCUGUCAUCUCAGAGCACAUAAAGUAAACUAGAAAUGACUUUUUGUGUUUUAAUUUGCUUAUCAGGUUUUUAUGAGGUAAAGGAGACAAAAAAGAUUUUGGCUUUAUUUUUAUUCAAGAACCUAAAACCCAAAAGAGAAGUGCUCUUUCUCUCUCCUCCUCUUCAGAGGCAGGCCGGUCUUUACUCUACUCACACCUAAGACCAUUCAGACCAACGAUAGCGCUGCGUUAAUAAACACAGCCUUUUCAUUCAUUUCAAUUAGACUAUUUCAUUGGAACAGCGGGGAGGGGGGUGGCGCAGAGGACUCCAGCAAAUACAAUGCACGGUCGUCAAGCAAAAAUGUUGAUCCUGGCUGAUCAGCGUAAUGCGACUUCACCCAGCAACACACUGUUUAGACUAA